UUGUACUACAUAAUGAGUCGCAAUGUUUACUGUUAUGUGGUAAUAAAUUUAUUUAUUAUGUAAAAUACUGAGUGUACUAAAUUUUUGAAGAGUAGUAUAGUCAGUGUAUGUAUUUUUGUCUCAGGACAUCUGCCAGCAAGAUGCCGAUCAUCCAGUCUUGCUGCUGCUGGCGCAGUCUCCGGCGCGGGUGCUACGCCUCGGCCGUCUAUACCAUGCUCUGUAUUCGACAGGUAUACUUCUCGGUGACUAUCGUGACGAUGGGCCACUUCAUUGAGAUGGAACAGCGCUACCUGAAUGGAGACAUGACGGAGCCAGAGUCCGAGAGUUUCCUUGAACCGGAGAAGAUCACACCGAUUACUGUGUCCCUGAACAUAACUCUACUCGCUUGCAGUACUAUGGGCCUCGUCGCAUGCGUUCUCCUGAUUUUCGGGGUGUAUAAGGACGUGAAGUUCAUGUUACUGCCGUGGGUGGUGGCUAUGGCGCUGGAAACAAUAGUAGAGAUUGUCAACCUUUUCUACUUAUUCUAUCUCCAAACUAAUUUCAAUCCGAUCACGUCGUUCUUGUUCACGCUGGACUUCUUCAUAAUCGUGCUGAAUAUAUCGUUGUUACAGAUCUACGCUAUGAUCUGCGUGAUCUCGCAGUUCCAGGAGUACAAUGAAGGUCGCGGCACCGCAGCCUUCGACAACGUCGACAGGGCUACGGUCCAGUAUACGGCCACGGCUCAACAUACGCAGACCACCAGCUCGGCUCCAAGCGGCCGCCGCCGCUCCGCGGGCAGACCGAUGCCCAGCCGCUGUGACCCUGAGGAGUUCUCCGAGGCGCCCCAAACCAAACCGAUCACGUCCGUACUAUCAAAACCAAGCCGUUCCGCCGUCAAGAAACACGUCCAGUUCCCUGACGAACAGAGCUGCAUCGAAGAGGCUGCUGAGCUGCCGACCGAAGCUGGACCUGUAGAGAAACCGGAAGCGCGCGUCAUUUCUUCGCUGUGGAUGGAGCUGGAGUCGGAGGCCCCGGUGCCGGAGCGCUGACGCCGGAGGAGCGAGCAGUACUACCGGCCGGUCUCCCGCGCUCGCAACGAGCGCCGGAAGAUGUCCGCCGCCGGAGUGCCGCCCGCCGAUACUGCUAAAAAGGACUCCCUGUAAUCAUCACGGAUGACUUGGCACACGACUCGAUUUGGAUACGCUAACAGGGUAAUGCUAAUGAAAAUGUUUGUCAAACAAAUAUAACCUUUAUUAUGUAUAAUUAAACACCAUUUUACCGAAUUGAUACCACCGGCACCACCACGGUAUAGUUUACCCUAAGCGCUGAACAGGACAGAUUUUACUUAAUUAAUUUAAGGUACUCAAUUAUUACACACUUCUCAAUCUUUUUUUAAUAUUUCCAUAUUACACCUUUCGUAAUAGUUUUAUUGGGUACCUGUUCUCUAAAUGUAUAAUUAUUUUAGUUUUAGAUCUUUGGGAUUCUAUCACCCAUUAAUAUACUAAUCACAUAUAACCGAUUAUAUUUAACCAAUUUGAAUACCAAGUAAUAUUUCAAUUGAUGUCAUUAGAUAGAUGUUUUAUGAUAUUGCAUACCUACGUACAAUCAAUUAAUAGUUCUCAUAUUAUAACAAUUUUAAUGGGAUUAAUAUCAUUGUAAUCUGGUAGAGCGCCGCUUCAUUUAUUUAGUAUUAUUUUUUGCUCUUAUUG